AAGAGAUAUAGAAAAAUAGAGAAAAAAAUUAUACUUUAAGGAUUAUAAGAUGUUUAGAACCUUCAUUAUCUCAUUUCUUCCAAACACAACCUUGACUUUCUUGUUUUUUGUUUAUUUUUUUUCAAUGAAAUAAAGAAAAGUGGAAUGUAUGAACCUGCGUAUUCCUUUUGCAUCAUACAUGGGUAGUUAGAUUAAAAUAUAUAAAUUAUGAGACCCAAAGGCCAACACUCUUAAAAAUAGCAUAUAACUCUAAACUAACUGCAAAUAUCAAAAUUUAAAAAUACAUUUUUAUUAUUAUAAUAAAAUAUCUUAGAAUAAAAUUAUUUUUUAUUAAAAUAAAAUAAAAAAGUCACCCAAUAAUUUCUCAUAAACUAAGAAUUAUGUUAUGUAGGCACAUUUUAUAUAUAAUAAAUAUACAUAGAGCGGACCCACAUUGUAGUGAGAGGGGGCAGUCGCCUCUCCUAAAAAAAAUUAGAAAGAAAAUGUGUAUGUAUUUUAGUUAGUUACAAUAUAUAUUUGUAUUAAAAGAUGAUAUUUAUAGAUAUAAUAGUAAACUUGGUGUAAUGACUAAGAUAGAUUAUAAAUAUGUUGGAGGGUAAAGGUUCAAAUCCCACUAAUUAUAUUUUAUUUAUUUUUUUUUUAAAUUUAUUUUUGCCCUCUUUGCUUUUACAAAAAAAAAAAAAUUACGCCCCCUCACUUUAAAUUCUGGGUCCGCCAUAGAUAAACAAAAUUCUAAAGUAGCGGCACCAUUUUCCCCUAACAAUAGGAACUAUCUCUAUUUUUAUCGUUUUUUUCUUUGAUAAAUAUCUAUUUUUAGCACUUAAAGAAAUUUUCUCAAUUAAAAUUGAUAUUUAAUUACAGUUAUGUUUUUUUAAGUUUAAUACAUAUUUAGAAGGGAUAAUUUCACAAAUACACAAAAAUAAUAAAAAAAAUUACAAAAUACGGUUUUAUAGAAUUUUAAACAUUUUUACGAUUUUUUUGAUUUUAUUUACAAAAAAUACGGUCUUUUUUAUGUUGUUAUUUUGUUGAUUUGUUGCUGAUUUUUUGUUAUAUGUAUGUUAUUUUUUGUUAUUAUUUUGAUGUUAUUUAAAUGUUAUUUUCAUGUUACUUUUAUGUAGUUUUCUUGUUAUUUUUAUGUCGUUUCUAUGGAAAACCGUAAAAAUGUAAAAAAAAUUCUUUGAAAGUAAAGAUGUAAUUUUUUUACAAAAAAUAGUGCCUUAUGUAAUUAUCCCUAUUUAAAAAUGUUAUAUAUAUGGUAAAAUUUCUUAAUGGGUAUUACCCAUGAAUGAUACUAAAUAAAUUUAACUAUAAAUAUUAAUUUUAAAAAAGCUAAUUAUGAUUUUUGCUCUCUGAACUUUGACAUGUACCAAAUCAUGCCCCCUGAACUUUUAAGGUCGUUAGAUUUAAGGACUUUUGUUUGAUUUCAUUCAAUUUUACUAUUUCAGUGAUUGUUUAUAUACUAAAUCAUGCUCUCCAAACUUUGAUAUAUACCGAAUCAUGUCCCUCGAACUUUGAAAUGUACUAAAUCAUGCCCCCUAAACUUUCAUCCAUGUUAGACGUUUUUCCAAAAAUUGGACAAAAGUCUUUAAAUCUAACAAUCUCAAUAGUUCAAUGGACAUUUUUAACGAUCUUAAAAGUUUAGGGGGAAAAAUUCCUAAUUAGCCUUUUAAAAAUAUUAAACUAUCAAAUUUUGAUCUAAUAUUAAAUAAUAAAAUUACAAAUUUGAAUUUCUAUGCUUAAUUUAACUACUUAAUUAAAAAUAUGUUCAUACAAAAAUAUUUAAAUCAAAUUCAACUUUUUCUUUUCUUUUAUUUUUGCUUAAAAACUUUUUUUUAAUUUUUUUUUCUUUUACCGAUGGAACAAUCUCAGCCCAUAUGAUGUAGAAAUGAGAGAUUUUUUUUAAUUAGAUAGAAAGGGGAGUUAUAUUUGCACCACAUAAAAUGAUAAAUACACCCCAUAAUUAAAAAAAUAUAAACUUAAAUAAUUUUUAAAAAUUACUCUAAAUAUUUUUUUUAAAAAAAAUUCUCACAUUAUUUUAUGUUAAUUUUAAUACUUAUUUUGAUUUCAUUUUCAUAAUUUUUUCUAAUUCAUGUAUAUAUAUAUAUAUAUUUUUUUAUUGGAGAAUUUCAUAUAAUUUUUUAUUUUAAUUUUUUUUGUCAUAAUAUUUAAAAUAUAAUUUAUUUUUAUUUGAUAGUUAUAUUUUUUAAGAAUAUGAAUGAGAAGAAAAAAGUUAAAAAAAAACUUAAUACAAUUAAAGAAAUAAAUUUUAUAUGAAAUAAAAAUUAUUAAAAUGGGUGUCUAUAGAAAUUUGGGAUGUAAAUAAAAUUUCUUGAUAGAAAAUUAAGCAUAAAAACUCAAAAAAUUUUAAUUUUACCCACUCAUGGGUAAUACCCAUUAAAAGUGCACCCAUAUAUAUUUGAGAUUUUUACAGUUGGUGCCCCAUUUUGCCAUUUUUUAUUACAUUUUUGUCUUUAUUUGGUUAUUUAAACAUUUAUAAAAAAUUUGUUAUUCAAUAUUAUAUUUUCAAAAGUUUGAUAAUUACAAAAAUACCUAUGCAUGCCUAUGUCAUGGGUUUUCUCACAUAUUACACGCCAUCCCUACCAUCUUCUUCUCUUUCAUUAUUCUUUUGAAUUUUUCUUUUAUUUGCUGUUAGUUUUUUUUCUUGUUCUUUUUCCAUAACCCACGAUCAUCACAUGUGAAGCCCUAACCCACAAAUUUCAACCUCCCAUCUAUGUCACGAUCUCCCCUUUCUUCCAUAACUUCAUUUCUUUUUUCCUCUUAUAGUUUCUUUUCUUUUUCUAUAAAUGGCCACCACUAGGUUGGGUUCCAAGUCCCCUUCACCAGCUGAAAAAGUUUCAAAAAAUACUAAGAAACCUCCUUCGAAAUCCUCUAAAGUUGAUCCUAAAAUGGGUUUGAAAUGCUUCACGAAGAAGGGAAUGGGUGAUGUUGCAGAGCCAUCUGGUUCUAAAAAAAGACCUCUUCCAAAUAAGAUUGAAUCUCGUAAGGCAAAGAGAACCGAAUUUUCGAAAUCUGUCAAGGAUGUUCUCUCUGAUUCUGAAUUCGAGGAUGAAGUUCCUGAUUUGGAAGUGAAGCCUAAAGUUAAACCCAAGGUCCCUCCUAAGAGUUCAGCGAAGUUUGAAGACUUUGAUAUUCCCAAAAAAAAAUCCUCGUAAGGAAUGGAAUUACAUAUAUGACCAAAAGAAUUUGUUUCUUGCAAAAGCCGUCUCCACUGCUUCAUACAAGGUUAUAGAUAAUAUUAAGACUUGUCUUUCUUCUAAGCAGCUUGAAAUGUUUUCAAAAACCUGUUUUGGCCAUUUCAUUAAGCUUCUUGAUUUCAAAGUUCAACCGCAAGUUUUUCACGGGUUGUUGUUGCGGGAGGUUCAGCAGCCUAAUGAUGCUGAAUUGUGGGUUAUGAUUCGUGGUAUUAGGAUUAUGUUUAGCAUUGAGGAGUUUACAUUGAUAACUGGUUUAGAUUGUGAAGGUGAUUGUAGUGUGUUGGAUUUUAAGCAAGACGUUAACAGUCUUUCUAUGAAAUAUUGACCAACCUCAUCCUCUAUUACUAAAGAAUCUGUUAGGGAAUGUUUUACCACAAAGAGGUGGCGUGAUUUUGAUGAGGAUGCUGUUAAGUUGGCAGUUCUUUAUUUUGUUGAAUAGUUUUUGCUUAGUGGUGCUAAGCAUAAAGAUGUUCAUCGGUCCAUUUUAGAUGUUGUAGACAGUGGUAGGUAUGAUGAAUUUGCUUGGGGAUGGAGUUAUUUUGAAUUGACUCUUUUAUCGUUUAAGGGUAAGCUUGACAGUUGGGUUGAAAGUGUUAGAAAGGCGAAGAAUUUAGGAAAGAGGCCGAGUGUAUUUUACACUUUGAAUGGUUGUCCUCAUGUAUUUCAAGUUUGGUUUUAUGAGUGUUGUAAAUACAUGAAUGUUAAGGAUGUUGGAAAUUAUUU